CGGCUGCCAAGCUGGACAUCACGGAUCCGCCCCCCUCCUCGGAGCCCUGCCCCCUUGAGCUCGCUCCCACCGACGAGGAGCAGUAUGUGAGCGAGCCCACGGCGUCCGGGGCCCUGCCUGAGCGUGUCGUCUACAGAGAUGCCGGGACCAUCACCGACGUGUGUAACAGCACUGACCUUCCGGAGGUGGAGAUCAUCAGCCUCCUGGAGGAGCAGCUGCCUCACUACCGCCUGCGGGCCGACACCAUCUACGGCUACGAGCACGAUGACUGGCUGCACACGCCGCUCAUCUCGGCCGACGUCAGCAUCGACCUCACCGCCGAGCAGAUAGAGGAGACACUCAAGUACUUCCUGCUAUGUGCUGACAGAGUGGGCCAGAUGACCAAGACCUACAGUGACAUCGAUGCAGUCACACGUCUGCUGGAGGAGAGGGAGCGGGAUUUGGAGCUGGCCGCACGCAUCGGCCAGUCGCUGCUGAAGAAGAACAGGAAUCUCAUCCAGCAGAAUGAGUACCUGGAGGAGCAAGUGGGGCGAAUCCAGGAUGAGGUCUUUCAACUGCACCACGAACUGAGCAUGAAGGACGAGCUGCUCCGCUUCUACACCAGCGUCGCUGAUGACAGCGAGGGCGACUCAUCCAGCUCCACACCGUCGCGGCGGAACCGGUCCACAUCCUCUAUGCCCAGCUACUUCCCAGUGGACUCGCUGCAGAAGAAGAUGAAAGAUCUGGAGCUGGAGAACAUCAUUCUGAGAUCAGAGGCCUCCCAUCUGAAGACAGAGACGUAUUCGUAUGAAGAGAAGGAGCACCAGCUGGUGAACGACUGCGUGAGAGAGCUCAGAGAGUCCAGCCUUCAGAUCUCGUCCAUCGCGGAGGAGCUGGCCAGGAAAACGGAGGACGCCUCUCGUCAGCAGGAGGAGAUCACACACCUGCUAUCCCAGAUCGUGGACCUGCAGAAGAAAGCCAAAUCUUAUGCCAUCGAAAAUGAGGAGCUCACUCAGCACCUGAGGGCCGCCAAAGAUGCCCAGCACCAGCUAACGGGAGAGCUGCAGGAACUGGAGGAUAAGUACGCCGAGUGCAUUGAGAUGCUGCACGAGGCUCAGGAGGAGCUUAAGAACCUGAGGAACAAGGCGCUGCCCUACAGCACCCCCCGCCGGAUCCACCCCCUCGGCAUCUUCCCCAUGGACUCCUUGGCUGCAGAGAUUGAAGGUUCCAUGCGCAAGGAGAUGCAGGAAGACGGUGCAGAGACACCAGAGCUAAAUGAUCAACACAAGCGUGUGUUCGAGACGGUGAAGCACAUCAACCAGGCCCCUCGAACCCCAGUCGCUAACAUCCCUGGGUCAAACCGCUCGUCCUCCCCGCUGAAGUCAUCCCCAUCUCGGCCCAGACCACACGGUGGCAGUGUUGGCAGCACCAUUGCCCUGGGGGUGUCAGACGACAGCGCGGACGACUCAAACAAGCACCCGGAGACCCGCAUGGCCGGCGACUCCCAGGACCUAGAGCUGGCGCUCCGAAGGCUCUCCCUGCGGCGGGAGAACUACCUGAGCGAGCGGCGCUUCUCCAAGGAGGAGCGGGAGCGGAGGCUACGUGGGUCGUCGGAGGGCAGCUCGCGGGGGGGGCACCUGACCCCCUGCGACAGCAUUAUGUCCCUGGGCACCUCGCUCUCGGGGCUGUCCGGCUACACCUACUGCAGUCGCUCCUACCUGCCCGACAAGCUGCAGAUCGUCAAGCCCCUAGAAGGCUCUGCCACCCUUCACCACUGGCAGCAGCUGGCCCAGCCCAACCUGGGGGGCAUCCUGGACUCCCGGCCCGGCGUCGUCCCCAAGGGCUUCCGUCCACUGGACCUGGAACUGGAGCAGGUCUACCAGUUCAGUGACUACGAGGAGGACGAGCCGGGCGAGGUGUUCUUCCAGAACCUUCCAGGACCCACCCCCAUCCCGGGUGGAAGUCACGCAUCAUCUUGCUCCAGCCCUGGCAGCCAUCACACCGGUGUGCUGGAGGUCCCAGUGACAUAUUACCCCGGUAAAUGCAUGUCUCACACCAACUCUACCUACACCUUCACCACCUGUCGCAUCCUACACCCCUCGGACGAGCUGACCCAAGUCACUCCCAGCCUGAACACCGCCUCGGGCUCCUGCAUCAUGACCAGCACCUUUAAGGCCACCCCCGCCGCCACGCCUUGCACCCCACGGCGCCUCAGCAUGGCUGAGUCCUUCACCAACCUGCGUGACUCCACCAAGACCACCAGCACCUCCCUGGGAUUGGUGCGCCUCCUGCAGGAGAGGGGUAUCUCCGCUGCUGUCUACCACCCCCCGAGCUGGGCUCGUGCUGGUCACGGGGCCCUAUCCAGUGCUACGGCCACCCUUCCAGCCCCUGACCCCCCCACACACACACACCCCAGUUCCCCCACGAACCAAUCACCAGCGGUCGACACAGACACCCCGUUUGAAUUCCAGAGCUCUGGAAUGUCUUAUGAGAACUUCCUGGCAUCACGGCCUGCCCACUUCAUCCUGCGGGAGGUGACAGCGGAGGGGAGGAAGCAGGCCGACCGCGAGAGCCAGACUGACGUCAGCAUCUACAACCUUAACCUAGUCGACAAGCUGAAGCGCUUCAGUGUGACUGGCCCCCGGGCCCCGCUGAGGACCCUGACCCGGCCGGGCCCACCCUUCGCCCUGAGUCCAGACCUGCGUCGGAACCGCAGCUACCCUGCUGUGGUGGGGGCCAGCAUGGCCAUGAAGGGACCAGGGCCCCCCAGCCCCGAGGAUGUCCUGGGGGCCAAGCUCCCCAGGCAGAGCAGCCUGCAGUGAGCAACGGACACUCCCACCCCUGGGUGCUGGUACUUUCUGCACCUGAACCAGUACAUCCUCAGCUCCCAUGUCUCCAUUCUGGCCUUUUGAACCAACUCCAUGUCCCCCAGCACUGUAGGACCUCAGGACAGUUCCCAGAGCUCACCGUUACAGCCCCCGAGGGUGGGAAGGUAACUUGGGUAGAUGUUACUCAGAGCCUGAGGAUCAGAGGAAAUCCCUCCCAUUUCAUCCAGGCUCCUUAUGUACGUCCGUGUGCCAUCGGCAGUGAAGUUUCGAUCGUUACAGAUAUGUAUAGUUUGAGGAAUGGCAAUCUUGUUUUAACCCUGUUCAUAAUCAGAAAGCCGAAAUAAUAAUAAAAACAAUAAAAAAACUUGAAAUUUCCAGGCGGAUCGUUGAAGACGCGCUUGGCUACUUUAAAUCAAGCUUUACAAUCGCCAUUCUGGGUUAGAGCCCGUAAUGCUACGCCUUGCCUUUGUAUAAAUACAUCGAAAUAUAUAUUCGACAAGCAAACGUGAAACGUUUAUGCAGCUGUUUUAAUAAACAAAUAUGGUGCUGUUAAGGGAUAAGGAAGAACGCGUCUUGAAGUGGACGUAACUGAUGUAACCAUAAUGUUCUUUCAGUUUUGCCUUCUCGUGUAUUUUAAAUGGGUAAACACGGCAAAAAAAUAACUAAGUUAUGAAUAAAAUAUGACAUAUCAGAAGUA